UGACUUUCCUGUUUUGUGGUCCUCACACACACUGGAGCAUUGCCUCUCAACUGGGCUCCACUGUUUCCAGUAUUCAUUCAACCGAAAAUAUCGGGUCCACGGAAUCUACGGUCCCAAAACCAUCUCCGUAUACGAUACGUAUACCUUCCCCAAACUUCCCUUUUGCAGGGGAGGUGAAUUCCUAGAUUUUUAUUUUGUUUAUUAUUUUUGGGGUUUUAACUUUGGUGCUGUUGUUUCCCCUCCUUUCUACCAACAAAAAGAUCCCGUCUUUGGUUUGUUAAAAAGAAAAAAAGAAGGUUAGAACUUGAAAGAAAGAGAGAUAGAAAGAAAGAAAGAAAGGAAGAAAGAGAAAAAGAACCCUCCCAGAAAAAAUGCCACCUUGGGUUGAUUAGCCAUGUACUUCUUAGCUUCAUGAUAAAGAUCUUGUCUUUGGAUGCUUUUUUGGUUUAUGUCAUCAUAUGCAUUCGCGGAAGGUGGUGUUUUGACUUUUAAAGCCUAAAGAGAGAAAUUUUCAAUUUUUUUUUUUGAUAGAUUGAAAGAAAAGGCCUUCAAUCGUGGAUGGGUUUCAAGUGGUUAUCUUUAUCUCUAUCUCUUUUCCAAAAGAAAAAGGAAAAUGGAGAAGAGAUCUAGGCUGAUUAGAGUCCCAUUCUCGAUGGUUCUUCUUCUUGGCUUUGAUUGGUUUCUUGAUUUCCAAUGAGACCAAAGUUUGAUUUUUUUUUUUUCAGUGGUCAAUUGUUGAUGAGCUUGGAAAAUUUUAGUUUCGGAGUAAUUAUUUCAGGAACAAUCUCUUGAUUGUCCCUUCUCCGAAGAAGAGAGGAAAAUAUACAAGGGAAGACAAAAAGAAAGGAAAAAAAAAAGAGGAAGCUCUGGGUUUGAGAUUUUGUAGUGUUUUCAAGUAUUUGGAGUGAAUUACAGGGAAAAUAAGAAAUGUCAGAAGAGGCAAAUUCUUGGAUCAGGAGAACAAAGUUCUCUCACACUGUUUGUCAUAGAUUGGACUCAUCUAGAUUGGGCUCUUUCCCUUUGAAUUUACAAUCAGCCAGGAACCAGGACCGGAGUUUAGGAUCGAAACCCAGGUCAACUGUGGCUUCUUCUAUUCAGAAACCAGUUCAUAAUGAUCCACAGAUUCAGCCAAAUCCGAUCACCAACAAGCAAAGAUCUGUAUCCCCUGUCCCUCAGACUGUUCUGCCGGAUACUUUCAAGGAAGCAAAGUCUGAGAGAAGGAGAUCCUCAACUCCACAUCCUCAAAGGAAAGAAUCUGAGAAGCGACGUGUGGGCAAGUUUUUCCACAAGGAAUCCCACCAGACAAAACGAUCCGGUUCACCUGCACCGUCUUCCAUUUCAAGCCCCCUUAGGCACUUGGGUUCCUUGAAGGUUUCAGAUAGGUCAAAGGGCAUGAAAGAAUCAGCUUGGACCAAGUAUUUUGACCAUGCUGGAGGACGGGUUAACGCUGUAGAUGCAGCUGAUGAGCACACGGUUGAUCUUUCCCAGCUAUUUCUCGGGCUUAGAUUUGCACACGGUGCGCAUAGCAGGCUUUAUCAUGGCAUAUAUAAGGAGGAAGCUGUUGCAGUUAAGAUUAUUAGGGUACCAGAUGAUGACAAUGGAGACUUGGCUACUAGGUUAGAGAAACAGUUCGAUAGAGAGGUUAAUCUUUUAUCUCGACUCCACCAUCAGAACGUUAUAAAGUUUAUAGCAGCAUGUAGAAAGCCACCGGUUUAUUGUGUUAUAACAGAGUAUUUAUCAGAGGGCUCAUUAAGGGCCUACUUGCACAAGCUUGAUCAUAAGUCUCUUCCAUUGAAAAAGUUAAUUGUUAUUGCUCUCGAAGUUGCUCGUGGAAUGGAAUACAUUCAUUCUCAAGGAGUCAUUCAUCGCGAUCUUAAACCAGAGAACGUCCUUAUUGAUCAGGAAUUCCACAUGAAAAUUGCUGAUUUUGGUAUAGCUUGUGAGGAGGCAUAUUGUGAUCUACUGGCAGAUGACCCUGGGACUUAUCGUUGGAUGGCACCUGAGAUGAUCAAAAGGAAAUCGUAUGGAAGGAAGGUGGAUGUGUAUAGCUUUGGACUAAUGUUGUGGGAACUGGUUGCCGGAACAAUCCCAUACGAGGAUAUGAAUCCUAUCCAAGCUGCUUUUGCAGUUGUGAACAAGAAUCUGAGACCUGUUAUCCCCAAAGACUGUCCACCUGCAAUGCGAGCUUUAAUUGAGCAAUGUUGGUCAUUAAACCCGGAGAAGAGGCCUGAGUUUUGGCAGAUAGUGAAGGUGUUGGAGCAAUUUGAGUCGUCACUCAAUCGUGAUGGAACACUGGAUUGGGUACCGAACUCAAAUUGCCAAGAUCAUAAGAAAGGGCUGCUUCAUUGGGUUCAAAAGCUUAGUCCAACGCACAACCCGCACUUUAACGCCUAUGUUUCUUCACCUAUGCCUAAACCUAAGUUCUCAUGAGUUUUUAUUUUGACUGACCUGGCAUUUGUAGUGUCACCGGGUCAAUUGUAAUUAAAAGGUUCGUUGUCUAAGCUUCUUUAUUUGUACCUUAUUGAAUGAAAUAGAUUGGUAGGCAAUGGCGUGCAUGUGUGUUUCUUUUUGACAUUAUAAAACGAAUGAUCAUUAUUUCGAGCAGAAAGUUUUAAAAAAUUGUUGAAAUACAACCAAAAAAAUCAGAUGUCUGUUUAUGUAAUUAUGGACCCUUUUUGUUGUAAUACCUUUACUGAAAUAUCUCUUAAUUUAGGUGGGACUUCUUUGUAUUUAUUAGAAAAAACAAUAUCAUUGAAUGUGACCCAUGUUGUAAUAUUGUAUAGGUACAAUGUAACAGACGUGGUUUUAAA